GCCACUCUGUCCUUUUCCGGUCGGGACAACGUGGCAAGCAGGAGUGCAGCCACCUUCUUCUCGUCUUUUCUCUUUUUUCCUCCUUUUCCUCAGCGAGAAUGGAUCCCAAAACUCUGCAGGAAGAACUGCGUCUCUUCCAGAGUACUCUGCUCCAGGACGGCUUGAAGGAGCUUCUGAACGAGAACAAGUUUGUGGACUGCACUCUGAAGGUAGGCGACCGCUGCUUCCCAUGCCACCGCCUUAUUCUGGCCGCAUGCAGCCCAUAUUUCAGGGACAUCUUCUUCUCUGAGGAUGGAAAGGUCAAAGAAGACCUCAAAGAAGUGGCCUUGGACGAUGUGGACCCCAACAUCCUGGACAUGAUCAUCAAGUAUCUUUACUCAGCUGAUAUUGACCUCACAGAUGGGAACGUUCAGGAGAUUUUUGCACUUGCUAACCGUUUCCAGAUCCCGUCCGUGUUCACCGUGUGUGUGAACUACCUCCAGAAGAAGCUUUCUGUGUCUAACUGCCUCGCCAUCUUCAGACUCGGACUUGUCCUUAACGUACCGAGGUUGGCUGUAGCUGCCCGCGACUACAGUGCCGACCGCUUCGAGAGCCUCGCCAGUGAGGAGGAGUUUCUUCAGCUGGCACCACAUGAGCUCUUUGCCUUGAUCGGUGCUGAUGCCCUCAAUGUGGAGAAGGAAGAAAUGGUGUUCGAGGCGCUCAUGAAAUGGGUGCGCAGUGACAAGGAGAAGCGAGUUAAGGCCCUCGGGGAUGCGUUUGAGUGUAUUCGUUUCCGUCUGAUGCCUGAAAAGUAUUUCAAGGAGAAGGUGGAAACCGAUGACAUCAUCAAGGGUAAUAGCGAUCUCCAGAAUAAACUUCAGGCCAUCAGAGAUGCCUUCAAGGGAAAACUGCCUGAGAGUAAAAAGAAGGAGCAGAAGGAAGGAGAAGAGGAGGAUGAAGAAGACCUCCUGCCUGGUUACCUGAAUGAUAGUCAGAGACUGGGGAUGUACAGACGCAAUCUGAUCCUUAUGGUCAACGAUACAGCAGCUAUAGCAUACGACGUCGCAGAGAACGAGUGUUUCCUCGCUGCGAUUUCUGAGCAAGUGCCAAAAAACCAUGUUAGCAUCUGCACCAAGAGAAACGAGCUCUAUGUCAUCGGCGGCCUGUUUGUCGACGAGGACAACAAAGAGAAUCCUCUCCAGUGCUAUUUCUAUCAGCUGGAUGCGCUUACAGCUGAAUGGAUAGCGGUGCCCCCCAUGCCGAGCCCCCGAUGUCUCUUCGGUUUAGGGGAAAGUGAGAAUCUGAUUUUUGCGAUUGCUGGAAAAGAUCUGCAGACCAACGAGUCCCUCGACUCAGUCAUGUGUUACGACACUGAAAAGAUGAAGUGGAGUGAGACAAAGAAACUUCCUCUGCGCAUCCACGGCCACUCAGUGGUCUCACACAACGGCCUGGUCUACUGCAUCGGAGGCAAGACAGAUGACAAUAAAGCCCUAAACAAGGUGUUUGUGUAUAACCACAAGCAGUCUGAAUGGAGAGAGCUCGCAGGUAUGAAGACCCCCAGAGCCAUGUUCGGUGCCGUGCUGCACAACAACAAAAUUAUCGUCACCGGAGGCAUUAACGAGGAGGGACUGACCUCCACCUCAGAGAUUUAUGACUUCACCACUAACAAAUGGGACACGUUUACUGAGUUCCCACAGGAACGCAGCUCUAUCAACCUGAUGAGCAGCGGCGGGAAUCUCUACGCCGUUGGAGGCUUCGCCAUUGUAGAGCUGGAAAAUAAAGAAGUCGGGCCAUCUGAGAUGACCGAUGUUUGGCAGUACGAGGAGGACAAGAAGCAGUGGUGUGGCUUGUUAAGAGAGAUGCGCUACGCAUCCGGAGCCUCAUGCGUAUCAAUGCGCCUCAACGUCGCCAGGAUGCCCAAACUCUAAACACAGCCUCUUUUCUUAAGUGUCACUUCCUGUUCAGAUGCGCUUUGACCCCAGGGCCUAAGUCUGUGCAUGGGGUCAAAGGGCAUCUUUAUGAUUAUUCAGUUACUCCAGAAAAAGAGUAAAGAGUCGGGUAACAAUUAUGUGUGUUUCUUAUGCUUAACCAUGGCUUUGUCUCAAAUCACAUACUUUAUCUGUGAGCGUUGUGAAAGAAUCUCAGUGAGAUGUAGUGCACUACACUAUGUAGUGUAAAGCUCUCACAGGCACGAGUCCUGCUGAGGUAGAGGAGUCUUCUUAAAAUCUUCAACACUGACUAUAGAAACUAAAUGAUUUUAAAGUGUAAAAUAGAUCUUUUGUUGCAGUGGAGGUUUUUUCCCUGACAUGAUGUGACAUUAGUGCACUAGACACCCAGGCGCUAGGUCUAUAUGUAGUGGAGUCUAAAGUAAACCAUUUGAGACAGAGCCCGUGCCUGAAUAUGGGAUAAAUGUAGAUCAGUCAGCUUUAUAAUACUACAUUACUCAAUUCAACUUAAACUUUUUUUUAAUUAAUACUAAUUAAUGUAAAACAAUGUCAACAGACACUGACGAGUUAUUUUUUUCUUUCUUGCUUUUUUUUU